GGUUGCCUCCGUCGAAGACGACAUGCCUGUCUCGGUCAGCAGCCUAUGAGCUUAUUCCAUCCACUUCAAAGACCUUUCCUCGUCAUUGCGCCACAUCUCUGCUCCCUGUCGUGAGAUGGCUGCAUGUCACUGGACCAGUCAUAGCAUCUACAAACGCCUUUUUCAGCUGUUCGUGCAGCCGUUGUUAGCGGAAGCUCGUCGCCGUCAACUUCACAUGGGGGCUGCAGUGUCUUCUGCGCAGCUCAUAGAUGCGCCGCGCCGAGUGAUUCGCGCCUACUACCGUCGGCCGCGUCGAAGCCAUGACAAUGUUUGAUCGCACGGCAGCUAAAGAUUGUGUCGCCUUCGACGCGCUUACGAGCUUCGACGCUCUGCUUUUCGUCAUGCAUAGCAUCAUCCUUCUUUUCAUCUCAUCAAUUGAAUAGCAGUAUGCGAGCCGAGUCGGUUCACAAGUCAAUGCGAGCAGCCAAAGACGCUGCACGGACUGCUCAACGACGUCGCGAGGAACACAUACUCGCUGAAAUCUCUACACAAGGCCUACUUCACUUGACAUACCCCCUGGCAGAUACUCCCGCCCAGGUACCGACCAACCCUACCGUGUACUGGCCGGAGGAACGCUCGCCACAGAUCAGCUACUUGGACAAACGCGAGGAGGAUCUUCCUGCUGCUAUGCUACGCGAAACGGCUCAGCAUGACGGACUGAUCUAUCCCCCUCACCGUAUUGAUGCACUGACUACCUACGCGGCCUGGCUCAGCUCUAUGGUCUCUGGCGCAGCCAGGCUACCAUGGGCCACUGACGAGCUGACCACGAUGGUCGACGCCUUCGUCACAAAGGAUGCUUGCCGUGAUCUUGGCCACGUUCCAACCCUGGCCGAAGUCUUGACUGCCGCCCAUCUGAUACGCUACAGGUACCAUCAGCUCGUUAGAUGGUCAGCAAACCAUCCUUGGACGAUCUACUCGAACGAUGAAGAUGUACAGCUGCUAUGGCCUUCCAUCAAGAUUGCGGAUCUACAGGACUGCGUACCAUUGAGCCUCUUGCAUUUCACUCUAUCGCCCUGGGUCACCAAAGCUCUCAUUCGCCGCAUCGUGCGCAAGUCUCGCUGUACCCUAGAAGCCGCUCAGGGCUAUCGUCUGACGGAUCGUGCACUGUGCAACAUCAUCGACGGCCGUGACGCCAUGCCAGACAAUAUCGAACUUCAGCUCAAGGACAUCGCUAUCUGGACAACGCGAGCGAUGAUCGACUCUGCAGAUGGUCGUCUCCGCUGCACAAAAUUGGAGUGUACCACUCGCACAAGCUGCUCCACAGGUCUCUGUAGACAGCACGACACUGCCGUACAUCGCGCCGCCGUAGGCUUUCGUUCACAGCCCGCAAACAGUCGAACGGCUGAUACUCGGCAGAUGAAGGAGUGAAGCUAUCGUUGUGACCGCGGAAAUGAAGAUCCAAUCGCUUGCAUCUGAUGCUGCUAUACACAGUGUCUGCAUGAUACCGAACCGUUGCGCUCUUGCCUAUGUCUCGUACCUUUGGAAGGUCUGUCCACAUUACGGGUAGCUCAUAGUUUCGACUGCCUUGCCUCCUCCUGGUAUGGCUCCUUCUUCACUCGCUCGCGUAAGACGCGUCUGAGGAUCUUGCCAGAGGCCGACUUGGGGAUCUCUUCGAUGAAGAUGAUGCCUCCGCCGAGUCUGAAGUGCUUCGGAACACGCGAUGUGACGUGAUCCUGUAUUGCCUUUUUGUAUGCCGCUUCGUUCUUCGCGGCCGCGGUCGG